AUGGAAGCGGCUCUCCAGGAGCUGCAGCGAGUUGUCGGAGAGCAGGAUAAGAGGCUCGAGAGCAUCGUGGACACGAAGAUCCUCAGCAGGAUCGGAGUCUUCUCGGGCGAUGACGAGGACUGGAGGCAGUGGUGCUUCGUGUUCGAGUCGACGGCUGGACUCGUCGACCUUGAGGAGAUCAUGACGCACUGUGAGGACACAGCAGAGAGUGAACUAGGCUGGGCGGCCCAGUCAGAGAAGAUCCAACUGAGGAUGAAGGUGCUGUACCACCUACUGAUCGCUACUACGAAGGGCAAGGCCCUCACGAUUCUGCAGAUGGUGCCGAAGAACAACGGUGCCAUAGGAUGGAAGAGACUCAAGGAGGAGUACGAGCCGAAGUCUGGAGGAAGACUGACGGCGAUGCUGAUGGGAGUCCUGAAGCCCGAGUGGGAGACCGCCGUCAGGAGCGGUGUCCGCGCUUGGGAGCCGGCCUGGAAGGAGUGGGAGAAGAGCGUCUCGCUCUACGAGGCCCAGUCUAUGGAGAAGGUCACGGAGGGCACGAGGAUUGCCGUCGUGGUCAGAUGGGCCCCAGAGGACGUGAAGGCCGUGAUUCGUCAGUCCCUGGGGGCGAUUGGCCAAGAUUACAACAGAUUGGCCAAGGUGGUGACCGACUACAUCGCGAGUGGGAAGGUCUACGAGACCACAGGAGCUCCUCACGGCAUCCAGUACACGAAUGAUGGCCCCAUGCCCAUGGACGUCGGACUGGUGAAAGACAACGGCGACGUCUGCGGCAUCUCCAAGCCGCCGAAGGGGUAUGGCAAGCAAGCGAGGAUUGACGCAGGAAAAGGCCGUGGAGACCGUGAUUCUUGCGCGAACUGCGGCAAGAAGGGCCACUGGGCAAGAGACUGCUGGGCCCCAGGUAAAGGUAAAGACAAGGACCCGAAAGGCAAGGGCAAGGACAGGAAAAGAUGCGACAAGUGCGGGAAGAUAGGCCACGAGGCCAAGGAUUGCAGGUCACACAUCAAGUGCGACAAGUGCGGCAAGACGGGUCACAAGGCUUCAGAGUGCAGGUCGAAGCCGGAGAACGCGGAGAUCAAGAGGAUUGUUAACAACGAGGACGAGCUGUGGGUCAUGGGCGUCACCGAGAGCGUGAACACCAUCAACGACAACAGCAGGUACGUGUGGGUCUCCAUCGACAGCGGGUCGGACGCGGACGGAUGUCCCCUCAGCUUCGGUCACUCGAGCGACGACGUCGAGGACCCCACCAGCGUGGAGCUGAGGACGGCCACGAACGAGGAGAUCAAGGACUACGGCGAGCGGAACGUCGGCAUCGCCUUCCUGGACGAGACGGGCAACGAGGUGAUGGCCACGAAUCGGUUCCGCAUCGGAGACUUCAGCAAGCCCGUGCUGAGCUGCGGGAUCAGGGUCAUGAGAGGUGCUGUCAUUCACCUGGAGCAGGGGAACAGUUACAUGGCCCCGCCGAGCUUGAACGGCACACAGAGGAAGAUCCCUCUGACUAUGAUCGGGAAGAGCUUCUACGCGAAGAGGCACAAGGGCAAGCCGUACCGUCGGUGCAACCAGAACUGCAAGCUCCACACGCUCUGCUGCCCACGGCACCGCCACAGGAUCCUCAAGAAGCGCCUGUACCACCACAGGACGCGCCUGAAGGAGUUGAGGAAGUUAGGGGUCGUGGACGCGGCUAUCUACGGCACCAAGAGGCAGCUGUGGGAGAGACUUGUCAAGUGCGAACACCAGUUGGACGAGAGGAUGAAGGUCAAGGAGGCGCUGGAAGAACGUCAACGACGACUUCGAGAAGGCGUGGACCCUGAGGUGCCGAGGACGCUGAAGAUCCCUGAGAGGCCAGAUGAGGAGACUGUGAGGCAACACGAGCUCACCCAUGCGAGGUUCGAGCCAUGGUGUCUGGAGUGUGUGUUUGGAAAGGGAGAUGCUGCACCUCAUCGUGGAGUCCAGUUUCUCACGGACAAGGAGCCAGAGGUACCCGUCGUGCAGAUAGACUACCAUUUCCUGAAGGACGAUGGCGAGGAGACGGAGGAUGCGGCCAACAGAUUCUCCACCACGCUGGCCGUCAUCGACUGCGACACAGGCGUCCCUCUGCAGCUCAGCCUCCCCGAGAAGGGAGGCAAUCAGGACUACACGGUGACGGCGAUCGCGAGCUUCCUCCGCAGACUCGGGGCCACGAAGCUCAGACUUAGAACUGACGGCGAGCCGAGCAUCGUCAGCAUCGCGAACGCAGUGGCGGCCAAGAGGCUCAAGAUAGACAAGUACAACGUCACGGUGGAGCAGACCCCCAGGUACUCAUCCCAGUCGCUUGGGGCAGUGGGGGCGCAACAGAAGAUCCUACAGGGCCAGACCAGGACGAUCAGGGCCGCCACCGAGAAGAUGCUGGGUAUCAAGAUCGGUCCGAGUCACGUGUUGUGGCCGUGGCUGGUCAGGCAUGUUGGUUUCAUCACGGAGAUGUUCCAUGUCAAGUCAAAUGGGAGGACACCUCAUCAAGAUGCUACAGGCACCAAGUAUCACGGAGUCAUUCUGAGGUUUGCAGAGGCCGCGAUGUUCAGACACCCCAUGUCGACGAGUGGCCACAUGACAGGAGGCAGGCGCAGCCGCAAGUCGAAGUCGAUGUGGGAGAAGGGUAUUUUCCUGGGCAAGACCUACGAGAGCGAUGAGUUCCUCAUGGGCACGAGCAGCGGGGUGCACCUGGUCAGGACGGUCCGCAGGCUCCCCGAGGAGAACCAGAGCGACCUCGAGCUCGUGGCCAAGAUGGUGGGAGUUCCCUGGGAUCGAGGCAUUGGCCAGAUCGGGAGACCGAAGGGCAAGAAGGUUGUUGUCGUCCCAGCGGUCCCGCCUGAGGAGAAGCAGGACGAGCCAGAGGUCGAGGACACCAAGCAGGACAAGAGGGUUACGGACGCCACGAUCGAAGGGGGGAUUGCUGACGACGGGCAGAGCUACAAGAGUGCAAAGAGUGGCAGCAUGGAAGACGUAGAGGUCUCCACGCCGAGGCAAGAAGGAGGUGGCAGCUCCUCGUCUCAGCAGGCUCAGCCCGCUGCUUCAACCGCCACUCCGAGAGCCAGAAAGCGGAGUGCUUCUGAAGCCGAGUCCCCUGAAGUCGAGAUGGGCACAGUUGGCGGCGUCGAAGGUUUCGUGAUGGACGAGGCUGACACGGCACCCGCCAUGGACCCCGAGAUGGACAUUGACUGGCACGAGGGCGAGUACGACAUCGACCUCAUCAAGGCUGGCAAGUGCAAGGAGAUCAACACGAUGCAGGAGUUUGACGUGUUCGAAGCAGUAUCGCCUGACGAGAUAGAUUCUACGUGGACGUGGCUGUCCACCAAGUGGGUGUACCAAGAGAAGGGUGAUGAGAUCCGAUGCCGAUUCGUUGCCAGGGAGUUCAAGAGCAUGGACCCAGAGCGAGAGGGGUUGUUCACACCGGCAAGCGAGCCCACAACGGGGAGGCUCAUAGACUUCAAGGCGGUGAAGAUGAACCAACCCACGGUCAUCAUUGAUGCUGUCAAUGCCUACUUCCACGCGAUGCAGGACAGGCUAGUGGCGGUUGUGCCGCCCAAGGAGUGGAUGGAGGCAGAGGCUCUCAAGGGCAACACGACACGGACGAUGUGGAGGAUGAAGAAGAAGCUCUACGGCGAACGGGACGCGAGCAGGGGGUUCAGCGACUUCAUGACUGGUACCCUCGUGUCGGAGAUGGGGUUCGUCCAGUGCCCCGAUCAGCCGUGCUUCUAUCGCCGAGAGCGGGACUCCGUGGACCUGGAGCUCCACCAGGACGACAUCUACGCCACAGCGGGCGAUGUUGAGCUUCAGUCGUUCACGACGGAGUUGGCCAGCAAGGUCAAGAUCAAGGUGAGCAAGCUGCUGAGGGUUGGUGACAAGUACAAUCAUUUGAAAGGAGGGAGAGUGAGAGUACAUGAUGGCAUGGUUUUGACUGGCAAUAGGAAGUACGCUGACAAGAUCGUCGAGCUGUUGAACUUGGGAAGGGCCAAGAGCUCGCCCACUCCCAUCGUGACGAAGCUGCUGGAGGACGAUCUCAAGGAGCCGUUGGACGCUGAUGACGCCACGCUCUACAGGCAGUGCGUGGGCAUCGCAAGGUACAUGAUCAACUACAUCACGGAAGCCACGUUCGCAGUGCACGUUUUGAGUAAGAGGAUGUCGAAGCCCACCGUCAAUGACAUGAAGAGGCUGAAGCACUUGGGCAGGUAUCUACUUGGAGUUCGUGACUACGGGCUGUUCUUCCCCAAAGAGGGUGAGGUGGAUAUCCUGGAGUGCUACACCGACUCGGACUGGGCUGGAGACACCGUCGACAGGAAGAGCGUAUCAUGUGGAGUGUUGAGCUGUGGGGGCUGCACGCUCCUAGAGUACUCGCGCGGCCAGUGCACGCAGGCGCUGAGCUCAGCCGAGGCGGAGUACUACGCGGCGGUGACGGUGGCAGCCGAGGCGAUUCACCUCCAGAGCGUGAUGAAGUUUCUAGACAUGGACGUGAAGAUCAGGGUCAGGAUGGAUUCGAGUGCAGGGAAGGCGAUCUGCCACCGCAUCGGGGUUGGCAGGAUACGCCACCUGGAGGUCCGCACCUUGUGGCUUCAGGCGAAGGUGCGGGACAAGAAGCUGGCGGUGGUCAAGCAGGCUGGGGAGACCAACCUGGCCGACAUCGGCACCAAGGCGCUGGCGAGCCAGAGGUUCCACUGGCUGCGGGGGCAGCUGGGGCGACGCCCGCUGGAGGGCGCAGACGAGAUCGAGGAGAGCACCGCGAUCCGAGUCAAUUUCGUGAGCGACACGACGUCCAAGAUGGCGAAGGUCGGAGCGGCCUUGAUAGCCCUCAUGGACAGCCUGGGCUCGGUGAAGGCAGACGGUGAGUGCGACGUCUACAGCUACGAGACGGACAAGAAGGAGAUCAUCCUGAAGGACACGCGCCUGGGCACGGGCGUGCACCUCGAGGGCAUGGUGCUCAUCGGGGUGGCGAUCCUCGUGGCAAUCCUGUUCUGCGUGGCAGGUUGCUGUGCAGGCUGGUGUGUGGGCUACUUCGUGAGGCCCACCGACGCGAGGGAGAGUGAGAUGAAGAUGGUCCAGGACGUGGCUCCAAAGAGAGCCGCUAAGGCCAAGAGGGAGAAGGUCGAGAGGGCUGAGAGCGAUACCCUGCCGGAGGGUCAAGAGGACCGCCGGCAGAAGGGCUUGAGCGACAUCGCCAGAGCCCGCUUGUUUUUCCAGCGGGGUGAGGUUGAAAGAAUUUUCUCGCUGUGCGGUCUGAUCAGCCGCCUCGUG